UGCUCGCGGAAGUUGACGGUUUUUUUUGCGACGAGGUGCGACUUGCGAGGCGGAACCAACUUUCGUGUUGAUGUUGUUCGGCUCCGGACGAGUUAGGUCGCGCACCAACAUGGCUGCCUGCUCGCGCACUGCAUGGAAAGUUGUAGCAGGAUGUGGGAGGCGGCUGCUGGAAGGCGGCUCUCCCACCUACGCUUCUUUCCCCGCCGGGUGCCUUCCCGCCAGAUCCCUGGCUGCUGCUGCUGCUGCUGCUCCUGCUUUCAAGCCGCGCAAGAAGGGGAAGAAAGAGGAGGCGGAGCCUAAGGUGAAGAAAGAGCCGCGGGUCAUCAACGACGAAGGCCGACACAAACCCUACGGGAGGACGGCGUGGGCGCCCGUGGACGACGUCUACAUCCUGCGCUACUACCCCAGGAUCGUCCACAGCGCCUCGGACGCCGUGGACCUGCUGAAGAAAUACCAGGUGUUGGACUUCACCGCCCACAAUCAGCCCGUCUACGUGGACCUGAAGCUGGACAUGCAACUGGAGAAGAAGAAAAAAAUCAGCCCCUUUGUGAGCACGGUGCAUCUCCCACACCCUUUCAAGACUGAAACCAGUAAAGUUGUCGUGUUUACCGAGGAUCCUCAUCAAGCCACAGUGGCCAAGGAGGGCGGAGCUGCCUUUGUCGGAGGGGCGGAGCUUAUUCAGCCGAUCUUAGACGAGGAGGUGGUGGCCGACUUCUACGUGGCCGUGCCGGAAAUGUUGGCCAAGCUGGUGCCGCUGAAGAACAAACUGAGGAAGAAGUUCCCUAAGAGCAACAGAGGCUCUGUGGGCGUCGACAUAACCAAGAUGCUGGAGCGCUUCCGGACGGGCCACGAGUACGCGGUGGAGAGCGAGUGCUACGUCAGGACGCAGAUCGCCACGCUGGACUUCCCCAAAGAACACAUCCUUGCCAACCUGCAGACCGUCCUGCUGGACGUGUGCUCGCACCGACCAGCUGACACGGGUGUGCUGGUGCAGCGUGCCAUCAUGGCCAGUCACAGCAGUGAAGCUCUGUGGUUCAACAGUGAAGAACUUCUAGCAACAUCUGGCGACGAGUGAUGGUGUCGUUUUAUUUCUUGUACUUGCUAAUAAUAAAUGUUUGCUUUUGUCAA